AUGAACAGCACUUCUUGGUUGCUCCUCCUUGUUUUGGUGCAGCUCUCUUGCUUCCACUGCUACUCCGCCACCCACCACCACCAUGGCCGGAAGCACGCUCGCCCAGUACUAACUGCCCCCGCCACCGCUACCGUCGUCGGCUCCGUUGUCAUCGUCCACUCCAGCAGCUCCGAGGCUGCCACCGCCGUUUCAGGCACCCUGGUCGGAGUCCGCUGCCACGACGGGAACGGCCGGCCGGUCAUCCGGAAGGACGUCGUCACCGACCGGAGCGGCAAAUUCCACGUCCACCUCGCGCAGCACGAGCCCAGCAGCAGCAACCAGAAGCUCCGGUCCAUCACGUCCUGCUCGGUGGCGGUGCACCUCCCUCAGGCGCCGCCAUGCGUCGCCACCGCCACCAGCUCCGCUCGCGGGCUCCAUCUCAUCGCCCACCACAAGCACCACCACCACCACGGCGGCGGCGGCGGCGCUCGCGUCUUCUCCGCCGGCGCGUUCGCCGUCCGUCCGGAGCUCUGCAGCCAGAAGGGCCUGUUCUUCCCGCCGCUCCCGCUCGUACCGGAGCCACCGAACAUCGGCGGCGUGCCCAUCCCGCCGAACCCGGUCACGCCGGCCCCGCCGUCUCUCGUGCCGCCGCUCCUGCCUGCCCCGCCUCCGCCGUCCGUCCUGCCACCGCUUGUCCCACAGCCACCGCCGUCGUCGAUAAUACCACCGUUGUUGCCGCCGUUGGUUAACCCGCCGCCGCCGCCGAAGCUUCUUCCCCCCGUGCCGGUGCCGCUUCUCCCUCCGGGGUUUCCUGGCGUACCGCCGGCCUCCGCUUCCAAGAACCGCCGCCCGGGGAAUCCCUGA